AUGCGCGGACUCGAUGAGAGCACUGACGUUUUGAAACGCGUCAGGCAGACGGCUGGCGAGCAGGUGAAGCAUGGAUGGAACGCGUUUGUGAAUUUUGCGGCGAGAGAUAACGUUCUUGAAGUCGCGCUUGGCUUAAUUAUCGCAAAUGCGUUCACGAAAGUCGUUACUUCAUUCGUCUCAGAUCUAGCUUUGCCAGUGGUCUCUCUGCUGCCAUUCCUGAAUCGCAAUAUGGAUCAGAAAUUUGCGGUUCUGUCGAGGGGCCCGAACUAUGUCAGUGAGGAUGGAUAUAAUACCAUUAAGCAGGCUAGGGACGAUGGCGCGUUGGUUCUGGCUUACGGGUUGUUCAUUGAGAAUAUUCUCAACUUCCUUGGUGUCAGCCUUACUUUGUUUGCGGUUGCGCAUGCGUACAUGUUCGUUUCUCAUAACAAGAUAAUUAAGCCGACUGUCAGGUGCAGAUACUGCAAGAAGUUCAUCAGCGCUCAGGCGAGGCGCUGUUGCAAUUGCUCGAGUUGGCUGGAUGGAAGAGAAGAUCUGCCCGGCGAAGAGAAUGAUGAAGAGAUAGAAGAAAUUUGA